AUGGCGAUGAACAAAAUCCGUGGUGCCUUUGCGGUGCCCCGGAAAGGAGAGACGUUCGAAUUGCGAGCUGGACUUGUCUCUCAAUAUGCCUAUGAACGAAAGGAAUCCAUUCAGAAGACCAUCAUGGCCAUGACUCUGGGCAAAGAUGUGUCGGCACUUUUCCCCGACGUGCUCAAGAACAUUGCCACGGGCGACCUUGAGCAGAAGAAACUGGUCUACCUCUAUCUUAUGAAUUACGCCAAAUCGCAUCCGGACCUAUGUAUUCUCGCCGUGAACACCUUCGUACAAGACUCUGAAGACCCCAACCCGCUGAUUCGUGCGCUGGCAAUCCGAACAAUGGGCUGCAUCCGAGUGGAGAAGAUGGUUGACUACAUGGAGGAACCGCUGCGCAAGACUCUUCGAGACGAAUCACCAUACGUUCGCAAGACAGCCGCGAUCUGUGUCGCCAAGCUAUUCGACCUGAACCCGGCAAUGGCUCUCGAGAACGGAUUCCUGGAGACGCUCCAGGAGAUGAUCGGUGACCCCAACCCCAUGGUGGUCGCCAAUUCGGUGACUGCGCUGUCAGAGAUCAACCACUCGGCACCGGAGACGAAAGCUUUGCAGAUCACCACCAACAGCCUACGAAAGAUGCUGAUGGCGCUGAAUGAAUGCACGGAGUGGGGACGAGUUACUAUUCUCUCGACCUUGGCUGAGUACAAGACGGCUGACGUCAAAGAGUCGGAGCACAUUUGUGAGCGUGUGGCGCCUCAGUUCCAGCACGUCAACUCUGGCGUCGUUCUUGCGGCCGUCAAGGCUGUCUUCUUACAUAUGAAGAAUGUCAACCCUGAAUUGUCCAAGAACUACCUGAAGAAGAUGGCCCCUCCACUAGUCACAUUGGUCUCCUCCGCCCCCGAGGUGCAAUAUGUGGCCUUGAGAAAUAUUGACCUCCUACUGCAGAAGCAGCCUGAUAUCCUCCAGAAGGAGCUCCGUGUCUUCUUCUGUAAAUACAAUGACCCGCCAUAUGUCAAAUUCCAAAAGCUUGAGAUCAUGGUCCGCAUUGCCAACGACCGCAAUGUGGAUCAGCUCUUGGCUGAACUGAAGGAGUACGCCCUCGAAGUUGAUAUGGACUUUGUCCGACGUGCCGUCAAGGCUAUUGGCCAAGUCGCAAUCAAGAUUGAGGGCGCAAGUGAACGAUGUGUAAACACACUGUUGGAUCUCAUCAACACCAAGGUGAACUACGUUGUCCAAGAAGCGAUCGUGGUCAUCAAAGACAUCUUCCGAAAGUACCCCGGAUACGAGGGCAUUAUCCCGACUUUGUGCCAGUGUAUCGAUGAACUGGAUGAACCUAAUGCCAGAGCGGCACUUAUCUGGAUUGUUGGAGAGUACGCUGAGAAGAUCAGCAAUGCAGGCGAUAUCUUGGGUGGCUUUGUGGAUGGAUUCAACGAAGAGUUCUCCUCGACCCAAUUGCAAAUUCUCACUUCUGUUGUCAAGCUGUUCCUGAAACGGCCCGAGAAGGCCCAAGGUCUGGUGCAACGGGUGCUUCAGGCUGCGACAGCUGAGAACGACAACCCCGAUGUCCGUGACCGAGCUUACAUCUACUGGCGUCUUUUGUCCAAUACCAGCGAUUCCAACGCGACCAAGAACAUCGUGCUUUCGGACAAGCCCCCUAUCGUCACCACCAUCCACUCACUACCCCCAGCGCUCCUCGACCAACUUCUCACCGAACUCUCCACCCUCUCCUCUGUCUACCACAAGCCUCCCGAGCAGUUUGUUGGCCACGGACGAUUCGGCGCCGACGCUGUCCAGCGCGCUGCUAUCGAGGAACAACUUCAAAACGCGCGCGAGAACCCAUUGGCUGCGGCAGCCGCUGCAGCCGCCGGCGGCACCGCACCCCCUGCGCAGGCGCAAAACAACGUCGAGAACUUGCUGGACAUCGAUUUCGACGGUGGUGUUCCUGCCUCAGCGCAAAACGAGCCAUCAAGCGGCAUGUCCGGCCUGGAAGGAUUGGCUGGAACCCCCGUGCGGGUCGCAUCCCCUGCAGUUGGCACUCCCUCCGGUCAGCCCAACAACAACCUGGAUGACUUGCUUGGCGUCUUUGGAGACUCGGGACCUGCGCAGUCCUCAUCGAGUGCCGGUGCCGGUGCCGGUGGUUCUGCUGAUCUGAUGAAUGGAUUCUCCGGUCUCGACCUCUCCGCGAAUGCGGGCCAAAACAACCAGCCCCAGAAGUCUAACGAUGACAUCAUGUCGCUUUUCUAG